CGUCACUGACAAUCUUAUAAGGCGCACAGGUGCUCGCUGAUUGUGCACACGGCUGAGCUGAUUAAUUCGCGUCUGAUGUGUGCCGUGGUUCUGGGUAUGCUCUGUGAUUUAGUCGCUGAUUUUGAAUUUUGAAAACCCAUUUUCGUUGCAAACAUGAGUGCUGGAGGAGGCACCCCUUACAUUGGCAGUAAAAUUAGUUUGAUAUCCAAGGCGCAGAUGCGGUACGAGGGGAUACUGUCGUCCGUCGACACAGAUAGAUCCACCGUUGCGUUAGCCAAAGUUAAAUCCUAUGGGACAGAGGACCGGCACGCAGAUAGACCGGCGCCACCCAAAGAUGAAAUUUAUGAAUAUAUAAUUUUCAGAGGAAGUGACAUUAAAGAUAUCACGGUGUCUGAGCCACCAAAACUACACCAUGGACUGCUUCGUGACCCUGCUAUUGUACAGUCAUCCAUUGGCAACUCCUCUGCUGCGUAUCACCCACGCUGGAGCUCAUACAGAGACAUGAUGCCCACCUACAACCAGCUGGCUGCUACUUCUCUACUCAACCAGCAGUACAAUGCAGCACUGGGCCUAGUACCAGGACUUCAUGGCAUCCCAGCCAGAAGGGCUCCCAUGGUCGAGCAGGCUGUCCAGACUGUGCCCUUGGCCGCUGCCGUCCAGAAAAAGGGAAAGAUUUCAGCCCAGCCACAGGAAAAACAGCCUGUUCGUUCAAACCAGCGCUCUGGCCAGGUUCAGAAGGAGAAUGUACCCAGCAGUCGGGCACAAUCUCAGCCAAGUACAGCCAAGGGCCAAGGCACUGAGAACCAGAAACCAAGGCAAAAACAAGGCGGUCGCAGAUCCAGGAAUCGAAGCAGAGGCCAACUUCUCGUGAAAAACUCGAAGGCCACAACCUUGCAGUUUGAGUCAGACUUUGAUUUUGAAACUGCAAAUGCUCAGUUUAAAGAUGAUCUUACAAAGGAGGUUGUGGUGGAAAAGGUGGAUUCUGGGGAGGCCCAGGGUAUGCAGGAGGACAGUCUUGGAGAGAAGUAUUACGACAAAGCCAAAUGCUUCUUUGACAACAUCUCAUCAGACCUUAAGCCCAGGAGAACCACCUGGGCUGAGGAGAAAAAAAUGAACAUGGAAACAUUUGGAGUGCCCGGCCGCUUCCUGCGAGGCAGAGGAUUCAGGGGCCGAGGACGCAGAGGGCAGAGCACCACUGAGCAGCGACCCCUCCCAAAAAUUGGUAGUGGGAGGGUGUGAAGGCGCUUUUUGUUUACCUUUUCUGUAAAUAUUGUAGUUUUCUACUUAUUUAAAAAAGUACCUCCCUUUCCCCCCAAUUUGAAGUGAAGACUUUUUU